AUGAAUAUGUUGGAUGAUGAAGAUGACCAAAGCUUUCACGCUACGCGUGACGGAUACUCCCAUUUGAGCGAUGUCGAAUGGGAUGCGGUUGAACGAAUGGGUUCAACCAUGGGCAUCCAUGCUGUUAGCGUCAUGCUAGAGGCUCUCAAUAGAUAUGCCCAACAUGCUACUAUCGCCAAGUUCAUUCAAAAUGACUUUGACGCUGAACGCGAGAAAUUUGAACUGUUGAGACAGCAGCAGGCUGCUGCUGUUGGGUCGAUGCACUCGCGUCGACCCAAAACCUUGAAGAUUGACAUCUCCAAGUAUGGGGGAGUCGAAGAGGACUCCCUCUUGAGAUGCUUCGUCGAAUUGGAUGACGCCAUAAGGGCGCGUCGCAUCGACGACGGGGAUAUGCAAGUUGCAUUUGCCCAGUCAAAUCUGGCAGGACGCGCCAAGACUUGGGCACUGGGGCUCAAGUUGCACGACCCAUAUGCGUUUGGGUCGUUGGAAGUCUUCAAGUCGCGGCUCAGACAAACGUUUGAACCGCCUAGAGCUGAGUUCAGAGCUCGAACCGAACUCUUUAAGCUCAAACAGGGUAAGCGUGAUGUGCACGCUUACGCGCAACAUAUACGACAUCUUACGAGUUGUAUAAGUUCCAAUCCGGUGGAUGAACACACGUUAGUUUCGGUGUUCAUGCAGGGUCUUGCGGAUGGUCCCGUCAAGACUCACCUGUUCCGGCUUGAACUAGAUUCACUAGAACAAGCCAUUUCCAUUGCGGAACAGGAAGACUUCAGUCUGAGACAGGCUCGCGCCAGCUCGACAUCAUAUCGUCAACCGAGACGAUAUGACAACGGAGGUCCAGAGCCGAUGGAACUCUGUUUUGUAGAGAGCGAGAAGGCUCGCUCUACAGGCUACAAGAGGUUGCAGAAAUGCAACAGAUGUCAAAAGACAGGACACGACGCUUACGAGUGUAGUGCCCCUCGUCCAGUGUCUCGCAACACUGGGCGUAGUGACCGCCCACCCAUCAGAAAGGGGCAGGGACGCGGGUUCGCUGUUGGUGCAAAGACGCAACAACGGGAUGGACCGUCAAAAAACGGACAGGAUCAGUAG